UACAGUUCAUGCAGGUUGUUAUCAGGAUCCAUUAUUGAUAGUUCAUCUGCUGUCUUAAACAAUGGCUCCAGCCAACAGUGGCUGGACAUGUAUGCUCCCCGUACUUCCGUCGCCUCCUCAGUGCUUACUGCUUAGGUGGCUGACCGCCAACAUGGCAACGCUACUACCCACUGCAACGACCGAUCUUCAAAUCGAGCCCGGAAACUGUUACCCAGAUGCUGCCACCCCAUCGCGAGAGAGAUGUGGCUUGCAUGCCUGCCCCUCCGGGUAUGCCGGGGGACUCGCCCAGGAUAACCUACCUACAUGUGUAUCACUUUCCGAUGGUUGAAACGGCAAGGAUGCUUAGAUGAAAUUGAAUAAUUCAUUGGGAUCGGAGAUAGCACUGAAGCAGGAGCAGCGCUGUUUCAUCAUUACUAUUCGUGCUUCGGCUGACGGAGCAGAUGAUGAAAA